AUGACUGACGCGAAUUUAAUUUCUAGAAUUGAAGAAAUUGUUUCAAUUCCGUAUAAUACAUCAAAUUGGGAUUAUUCACAAUUUGCGAAACCUAAUGAAUUUCAAUGGAAAGUUGGAAUUACGCCCUUUUCUAAUUGGCAGUUUGUUGUGGGUGUUUGGGCAACUUAUUUUGUGACUAUAAUCGGUCUGAAGGCCAUUAUGUCAUCAACAACACCAUUUUCAAUGCGAUAUGUAACAGCAGCGCAUAAUCUAAUGUUAUGUCUUUUAUCAGCUAUUAUGUUUGGAUAUGCUGAACGUGGAAUUGGAGAAUGUUUUUGUACUUCUGAUUCUUCUUCAACUAAAGGAAGGUUAUUUUAUGUUACUUAUGUUUAUUAUCUAUCAAAAUUUGAUGAAUUGUUGGAUACUGUGAUCUUAGUUUUAAAGAAGAAACCUAUUAUUUUUCUUCAUUGGUAUCAUCAUGCUAUCGUCAUUCUUAUGGUUUGGUCAUGGCUUGAAGAUGCUAAUAUGUAUGCUAGACAUGUACAAACUUCUCAAGUUUUAGUUACCGUUGGAAGAGUUAUACAGAGUAAAUAUUUACGACAAAUAAAAGAUGUCACAUUACGUCCUCAUAAACUUCGUAAAGAUCAUUGGACUCCAUUUGUUGCAAUAUCGGGAUUUUCUUCAUAUGGUUCAGUAAUGACCACCAGUAAUAUAAUUUUGCGUAAACUUCAAAAUCGACCGAAAUCUUCAGAAUAUUAUAAAACGGAAAAACGUUUACGCAUUCAUGAAGACAUGAAUUUAGUUGAACCGAGUGUAUUAGCGUUAUGUCAAUCUUUACGACAGCUUGAAGCGCGUGAUAUGGAAUCAAAACAAAAUAGUAUAUUGAAAAUUUAUUGGGAAAGAAUGGCAAUGGUGGACUUACCAAAGGAAAAAAAUGGGAUGGAAUGGCCAAAAUUUGUUCAACAUGACAAAUUAGAAUUAAAGAGAGGUCGAUUAUUUUUGAAUAAAGAAUUUAAAUGGGAACAAAAACCUUUGGCUGUAAGAAAUGAUAGAAAAGAUGCUAGGCUUAAAAGGGGUAUUUAUUCCAGGAAAGCAAAUCAAGAAAAUCAAGUUAUGGAACAAGUUCAAUAG